AUGCGUGCGGACGCCCGCGUCGUGCGGCCUGACGGUAACUCCACUGCCGCUACCAGCGCAACCCUGUUCGACGCCGAAACACGGGCAGCUGAGGCCGCGCUGCCAGGCAGCUACGAGCUUCAAGCCCUUCCCGAUAAAGCAGCCCCUGCUCGCUUCAGCCCCCAUGACGACAGCGUUGUUCCUUCUCAGCCAUCUGAGUCUUUGACCGAAAUUGACGACCCAGCCAUGUCGCGCGCGCCGCUGCUGCUGCGCUCGUCGCCAGCGCAGGGCACCGGCUCAUACGGUGGCCUGCCGGUCUUGUCGGUCAGCUCCAGCCCUGACGACUCAGAUGAUCAUGUGACCAACUUUCUACGACGGGGCAAGAGAAAAGGGAAAAGCAAACUACGAAACAGCGAGCCUUCUACGAGACGGAACUACAUCGAAUCCAGCAACAAUGGUUCUAGUCAGAGCGGACCAGUGGUUACAGCCUCUACACGACGCCGCGCGAAAAGAGAUUCGAACAGUCGCGAGUCUCUCGACGAAGCAUUUGCUGGCCAGGAAGAAUCACUUUUGGAGUCCAGAUUCAACACGGGUGGCAUAGGAGCAUCUGGGAUCUCUGCUCCACGUGUAUUUGAAAGCCUGCAAUCAUCAUCCACAGGCAGCCCCAUGGAUGAAUCGGAAGAUGACGACUCAUCCGAACCAGAGGAUCUGCACGACAGCAAGACUAACGGCCACGUCGCUGACAACUCUCCCUACGCUCAGGUGCGAGCGGCAGUGGGUGCCAGCGAUGACUUCACGCUUUCCAUCAACACACCACGCAUGUGGAUUCUGUCCAUUAUGUUCGCUAUACUAGGAUCAUCUACGAAUCUUUUCUUUUCCUUGAGAUACCCCAGCGUCAGCAUUACGCCCAUUAUUGCUCUUUUGCUUGUUCAUCCACUUGGCCUGCUCUGGGAUCAGGUAUUCAAACGACAUGAUGACCCCGAAGAACUGUUCGAGAACGGAGUGUUUGUGUCAAGAGGGAACAGCCGGUCUGGUUCAACCCGUCACGCACAUGUACCCCGCCCUUCCCUGCCCCGGAAAUCACGAUUUCGACUUUGGUUGGCGCAAGGCCGUUGGAACCUAAAGGAGCAUUGCUGCGUCUACAUCAGCAGCAAUGUUUCCUUUGGGUUCGCGUUCGCCACAGACGUCAUCGUUGAGCAAACCAAGUUUUACAAACAGGACCUAGGUGUUGUGUAUCAGGUCUUACUUACCUUGUCCACACAAAUUCUCGGCUAUGCCCUCGCUGGUCUCACACGACAGUACCUUGUCCGUCCAAGCGGCAUGAUAUGGCCAGGCACGCUUGUUCCGGCCACCAUGUUCACGGCGCUGCACAAGGACGAAAACAAGCCGGCUAAUGGAUGGACAAUAUCCCCUUCCAAAUUCUUCGUGCGCGUUUUGCUGGGCGCUGUCGCAUUCUACUUUCUGCCCGGUCUUCUGUUCCCUGCAUUGAGCUACUUCAGCGUCAUCACAUGGUUCGCACCAAAGAACGUUGUGAUUGCUAAUCUUUUUGGAAUUUCUUCCGGCCUUGGCUUAUUUCCCGUGACCUUUGACUGGGCACAAAUUGCAUACAUUGGGUCUCCGCUCAUCAUCCCGUUCUGGGCAGCUCUCAACAUCCUUGGUGGCCUGGUCGUAGUCAUGUGGUUUGCGGCACCAAUCAUGUACUAUAUGAACGUGAUGUAUUCUUCGUACAUGCCAAUACUCUCAACCAUCGUGUUCGAUAACCGCGGCAAGCCGUACGACGUCAGCAAAAUCUUGACUGAUAAUUUUCUAUUCGAUAAAGAGGCAUACGAGAACUACAGUCGUGUCUUUCUUCCCAUAACAUAUGUUUUGAGCUAUGCAUUACAGUUCGCCGCGCUCACAGCUCUAGUCACUCACACAGCUGUGUGGCAUGGGAAAGAUAUUCUGAAGCAGUGGCGUCACUCAUGGGCGGAAAUCAGAGGGAGACCUGGCGUUGCUUACGAACCUCUACAAACCGCGGAAAACGGUCGAGCCAGCUCCGAGAGGGUUCAUAGGAUGAGCACCUCGUCCGAGCCAGAGCUGGAGAACCUGCUGACGGCCGAGGACGUUCAUAACCGCCUCAUGCGAAGAUAUGACGACGUUCCGAUAUUCUGGUACCUCAUGACCGGCAUCAGUAUGGGUGCCAUAGGCAUGUUCGUUGUUGAGUACUACCCGAUCCACCUGCCCUGGUACGGCCUCCUCCUGGCCCUCGGCAUCGCCGUCACCCUCUUCGUCCCUAUCGGCAUCAUCAUGGCCAUCACAAAUCAGCAAAGCAGCCUCUACCUUAUCUGCCAGCUUAUCUGCGGAGUCGUCUUCCCCGGCCGUCCCGUUGCAAACAUGGUCUUCACAACAUACGGCUAUAUCACCUCGACCCAAGGACUUAAAUUCUCCUCGGAUCUGAAGUUGGGCCACUACAUGAAGAUCCCGCCCAAGAUACUCUUCAACCUUCAGCUCUCCGCAACCAUCAUCUCCAGCUUGACGCAGAUCGGCGUCUUAAACUGGAUGCUCGCUUUCAUUCCCGGUAUCUGCACGUCGGAAGCCAUUAACGGCUUCACCUGCCCCAUUGCACGCGUCCACUUCAACGGCUCCGUCCUGUGGGGCGUGGUAGGUCCCAAGCAGUUCUUCGGCCCCGGCGCGCUCUACCGCCCGCUUGUGUGGGCGUUCCUCGUUGGCGCUAUCGCACCCAUCCUGUUGUGGCUUCCUGCCCGCCGCAAUCGCAAAUCCAUCCUGCGCCGCAUCAGCUUCCCUGUCGUGUUUGGUUCGUUAUCGUGGAUCCCGCCGGCUACCGGCCUGAACUUCAGCGUCUGGGCGAUCGUAUGCUACGUUUUCAACUACCACAUCAGGAACCGGAAGAAGGAGUGGUGGAACAAGUACAACAUGACGCUAAGUGCAGCAUUGGAUAGCGGCCUAGCAGUAGGAGUCGUGAUUAUCUUUUUCGGCUUUGUGUUCCCGGGGUGGAUGGACGGUUUCAAGUGGUGGGGCACGGAGGUGUACAAGCAGGGCUGCGACUGGCAGGCAUGUUCGUACAGGACGGUUCCAGAGAGUGGGCAUUUCGGGCCACCAGACUGGUGA